AUGCCGGAAUUCUUCUCCUUCACGCCCGGUGCCGAGAACAAUCCGCGUCUGCGCGGGGCCGAAACCACACCGCUGCUGGUCGGCCGGUUUCGGGCCGUUGUGCCUGCAUCUGAGGCUGCGGCCACGCCGCCACCACUGCUGCCCGCCGGCCCAGGCCUUCCCACGCAGCGUCCACCGUACCUCGCCAGCCGCUCGUACUGGAACGCGCCAGUCUCGCGGCUACCCUCGCGGUCGCCGUCGCCGUUUUCGGCCGCGGGCGGUGGACGGCUUGGCCGGCGGAACACGACCGGAUACGAGUCGUCGAGUGAUGGCGGUUUGAGUGGUUACAGCAGCUAUACUGGGUAUGGCCGGCUUGGCGGACGCAGUCGUGGCAAAGGUCGCGGCCAGCGGACACCAGGCGUUGCCACUGGCCACGGCUUCUAUAACAAUACUGGGUAUGGUGCCAUUGCGGCGGCUGGGUACUACGAUGGUAUUGGGGACGACGACGAGGAAGACGAGGAAGAUGACGAGGUAGAACAAUAUGACGAUGGGUACGACGAGGACGACGAAGACGAAGACGACGAUAACGAUAUCAGCGGCCAUGAUUAUGACGACCUUGAAAACGAAUAUGAGGACGAACCCGCCUACGUCGACGACGAUUUGGGUGGACCGGUCUCUGGUCCGAGAGAUCUUGUUGGUGUGGCUGGCAACCAAGACGAGGGUGGCAAGAGUGUGCCAGGUCGAGGCGUCAUUGACCACACCGUGCGGCGGGCACGCUGGCCUCGUUGGGCUUGGCUGCCCUGGGGCAACCAGCGACGAGGCUCGGUCGCGGCACCGGGAGGCACCUCCGAGGGCAACAACGACAGCCGUCGGCGCCGCAGCAGUGCUCUCGGGCCCUCCGCUGCCCAAAGGUACCGCCUGAACCAACGUAUCCGCCGCCAGCAGUACCGCCAGCGCCAACGGCAGCUCCAACACCGCCGCAUCCGCCGCAAACUCCGCCGCACCUACCGCAUCUCCCGCUACUGUGGCCGUCGUGUUGUCCGCUGGGUGCGUCGCUCGGUCUAUCGCGCGGGGCGGCACCUACGCAACCUUUGGUUGACACCCAAGAAUGCGACCGUGCGCCGUGCCGUCGACCGCUGGUGGAGCCGCUGGACCUUGCUGGUCGUCGUGCCCGCUGUUCUUGCCAUCGCCUGGUGCGCGCUGCCCUUUCCGCAGUACCCACUAAGUGACAACCUGGAUGCAGACGACGGCAAGCGCGGCGAGCACCGCACACCAGGCCACGGCGAGGCUCGUGUGCGCAUCCACUUUUGGUUCUUCCUGCUUGCGUAUUACGGCCCCUACAACAUCACGGCACUCGUCUGGAUCACCAAAGUGUUCAACCUUUACAGUCUCAACUGGUGGCCGUCGUCGCUCGGCUUCCCACUGAGUGUGUCGUUGCUGGCUGCGUUCUCGCUGGCCAUGCCCGCCGUGCUAUUUACGAGCGUACCCGCGGCCGAGUUCUUGGCCAGCCACAAUACCGCAUGGGUGACGUGGACAUUCGCCGUAAUGGCUAUGCCUGUGGCUGCGGCUCUUGUGCUGCUGCUGCUGCACGAGCGGCAUCGCAUGAUCCGGCACGCCUUGUCGGAUACACAGCGUAUAUUUACUUCGGCGCGGUGGGCCGGCGAAGCGGACACGCUACCCCGGCGGUGGCGUGAAGAGCAACAGCAGAAACUGAACUACCAGCGCCACAUGACGGCGGCGGCGGAGGCCACCUCUUCAACACCCAAGGGGCGGUUUCGCGUGGGUCUCUUUGGGCGCCGUAGCCGGGCUGAGAGCGCGCCGCCGUCGCCGGCCAUGCACCACGAACAUGCCGAGGUCGCUCUCGGCCAACACGAUCUUGAGACGUCGGCACUUUUGGGUGGCAGCCGCGGAGGAAGUGCGAGUGCGAAGACAUCGCCCGUGAAACCGUCGCGUCUUGCAAAAAAUACACCUGGCGGGGACAUUCUUGGACCAUCAUCGUCUACCUUGCCCACCCUGCCACCGUUUGCCAGCCAACUUGAGCCUCCCUUUGGCCCUGGUUCAUCCUCAGCUGUAGUCGGGGGAGCCGUAGCCUCGUCUCGCCGAGGAGGCCAUUGGCUGCCGACCAGCUUUGUGCGUUUCCUGUGGCUUAUGAGCGCCCUAUUCAUGUCGCUUCUCGUAUACGAGCUCGGCGAGGCAUCGGCGUCACUCUUCCUAGCCGCCCUUCCCACACUGCAGCACGCCACCGUCUAUACUGUUGCCUACGUCUACGGUUGGAUUGUGACCGUCUUCUUGCUCGACGCCGUGACCGGGUGGAUUCUGGGCGGCCGCCAGGGUGAGCGCGUCGGCAGCUACCCGCUCGGCUGGGUCUUUAAGCUCUACUUUAUGCUCACCUACCAGACCUACGUGCGUGCCUUGUACGUGCGCCUGCGCUCGCCCUCGCAGUUUGUCCUGCUGCAAGUCCUGUCGUCCACCACCCUGAUUGUCAUCAGCCCCUUGCUCAUGUCCUCUUGGACCCACCGGCUGCUCGUCGCCCUCGGCCUCAACGCUCAGACCUACAACGCCUUUCAAAAGGUCUGUGUGCGCAACAUCUUUGUGCGCUUUGUCGCCGAGAAUGCCAGUAUGCUCGCCUUUUUGGGCAGCCUCUUUGUCCUCCACUUUGGCCCCAAUCGCGACGUCUACCCCUACUUUGCCUUUGACGACGGCCUCGAUGGUGGGCCGGGCUACACGUUUUCCUUUACGCUGUAUGCCUCGAGCAUUACGUGGGCUUGCGAGCUGGUUGCCGCCUUCAUCGUGUCCGGCCUGAUUCGCUAUUUUUACGACCUCAGCGUCGUCGGGGAGGGCAAGAUGGACCUGGCCGUGUGGCCGGAGCUGCUGCCGACGAGCGUGGCCGUGUCUGUGCACGUUCUGCAGAACAUGUUGUUUUCCAUUGUCCGUAUCCAGUUUUGGUAA